AGGCCAUUUCAAUCUGUCACAUAAUCUCUCUCUCUGUCAAACCUGGUUUCUCCGACCAGGUAUCCUACCCCUAUUUCUCUCAAAAAACUCUGUAAUUGAAUUUAAGGAGAGAAUUAAUUCGGAGAGAUUGCGAAAAUGAACGGUGGAGAUUCGAAUCAACAACAGCAACAGCAACAACAGCAGCAACAGCACCAGCAGUGGAUUGCGAUGCAGCAGUAUCAACAGCAAUGGAUGGCCAUGCACUACCCGGCAAUGGCGAUGCCGCAGCAGAUGAUUUAUAACCAGCAUUACAUGCCGUAUUACCACCAACAGCAGCAGUAUCAGCAGCACCUUCAGCAGAAGCAGCAGAUUCAGAUCUCUUCUGAAGAUAACAAAACGAUCUGGAUUGGAGAUCUCCAGCAAUGGAUGGAUGAAACUUAUCUCCAGUCUUGCUUCUCUGAAACCGGCGAGGUUGUUUCUGUUAAGGUGAUUCGCAAUAAGCAUACUGGUCAAUCAGACAGAUAUGGAUUCAUUGAGUUCCGUUCUCAUGCUGCAGCAGAGAAAGUGCUGCAAGGCUACAGUGACUGCAUGAUGCCAAAUACAGAUCAAACCUUUCGCCUAAACUGGGCAGCCUUUAGCGCUGGUGAUAGGAGGACAGACGGUGGUUCUGAUCUGUCAAUAUUUGUUGGGGAUUUGGAUAGUGAGGUUACUGAUGCGCUACUGCAUGAAACCUUUGCUAGUAAAUAUCCAUCUGUCAAAGGUGCAAAAGUAGUUAUUGACUCGAACACCGGUCGUUCAAAAUGUUAUGGCUUUGUCAGGUUUGGUGAUGAAAAUGAAAGAUCACGAGCCAUGAUGGAAAUGAAUGGUGUUUAUUGUUCCAGUAGACCUAUGAGAAUCAGUGUUGCGACCCCCAAGAAACAAGCUACACAGCAACAGUAUUCAUCACAAGGUGGAUAUACAUCGAAUGGUGCCAUGUCUCAAGGUUCUAAAUUUGAAAAUGAUUCAUCUAACACAACCAUAUUUGUGGGAGGACUGGACUCUGAUGUCACUGAUGAAGAGCUGAGAGAGUCUUUUACUCCAUUUGGUGAGGUUGUCUCUGUGAAGAUACCUGCUGGAAAGGGAUGUGGUUUUGUGCAAUUUGUUAACAGAAGCAAUGCAGAGGAUGCAAUACAGAUGUUAAGUGGGACAGUUAUCGGUAAGCAGACAGUUCGUCUUUCUUGGGGUCGAAAUCUGGGAAACAGGCAAAUGAGAACUGAUGCCAACAAUCAAUGGAACGGGUCUUACUAUGGAAGGCAAGGUUACAACGGGAAUGGAUAUUUUGCAGGUGCAGCUGCCAACGGGGCAUCUUCGAAUGGUUACGGGAACCAAUAGCAGCAACUUAGCUGAAUUACUGGAUUGUGCUCAUUGAGAGAAAUUAUCAAACUAACAUAAAUGCUAAAACAUGUCGUAUUACGAAUUUUGUAGCUGGAUUCAAUGUGAUGAGAUGUUUUGAAUUAUUAUUAUUAUUAUUAUUAUUAUUAUUUUGGUUUUUUUGGAAGUUAGUUUCAUAAUUUUAAGAUAUU